UAUGAUGGUAUCAUGGGUUAAAAGUCAUGUUUUCUUCGGAUCGGGGUGGGAAGAAGAGAGAUCCUGAGACGAAGUUGACUUUUUUUUUAGAUAGCUGCACCAUACUGUUUUAUUAGUUCAACUGUUUUGAUUUGUUUUCAAGCAAUUAAAAUUUCUCAAAUUUCAAACGUUCCAAAAAUCUAUAACAAAAUUCGAUAUUCGAAAUUUGUGUGGCACAUGUGAAUCGUUAAAACAAACUGCUCUCAUGGUUCUCAAUGCAUCUAAUCAAUCCCAGUUAUAAAGCUACUCUUGUUACUGUUAAUCUUGAGAUAUCAUUUCCUCUUGGCUGCUUUUCUAUCUUGAUAAACUGUCUUGGUGUUCUGUUUGUCACUGAAGAUUUAUCUGUGGGUCUCCGCGGCACCUUUAAUCCUUUGUCUUUUGCCCAGACGAAGUGCUCAUUAAUUAGCUUUAAACCAGUCAGCUGCAGAUAACGUAAAAUUUCUAUCAAACUUCUUUUUUAAUCCCAUACCAAGUGUUUCUUUUUACUUGUCAGUGAAGUCCCUUAAUUUGGAAACAAACUUUCUGAUCCACUAAUCAAUUAUGAAUUUACAUAAGAAUGGCGCAAGGAAUCCUGGGACAAUCAAUAGGUUGUUUAUCUUCUCAAACUCUACAGUCUUUCGUAUACAAACACGACACUAUGUGUAAACGCAUCAGACUUAAAAUCAGCCGUCCCAUGCUGUUUAAGUGGAUUGGAAGAUGCCUCUUCGUCUCCGUCUUGCUCCUUCAGAUCUUGUUGUUCAAUCAGUAUCUGGUGUCUUACGAGGACAAGUAUUCGUUCCAAGCGUUCACGCUCGCCUACAUUCCAGCGAUGCUUCUUUGGGUUAAGGGACAGAUGAACUAUCGACAGCGCGAGGUAGCGGCCGGUGUCUGGUUCCUGUAUAUCUUACCACUUUGCAUUCAUUCUGGUUGGAUUCUGGGAACGUUGAUAUCCAAAAUCGACGUGGAUUCUCCUGGGCUAGAUCAUGGCUUUGUGACAUAUCCCUUGUCUGCCACACUUCUAGUGUACAUGCUGUUAGACGCGGAAGACUUUGAACCUAAACUGUACAUGAAUUUGAACUGGCCCGUUCUUAUCGACAUCUUUGAUAUUAUAAAUCUCUUGGACGCAAUAAUCGACCCGAGAAAGAACGAGGUUUUACCUAACGAUAUACAGUAUUGUAUUUGUGCGUUUGCCAUCCUAAGCCUGGUCCUGCUGACAUUUAGCUUUGCCAUUCCCGUUAGGGAGGCACUGAAGAACAAGGACGAAACAAGCAAAACACAAGUGAGAAUAUAUAUAAUCUAUAUACUUGUGCAAGCGCUUGCCGUUAAUCUUCCAUUUCUGGUAAUCCGUCUUGUGCUUCACUAUACGUAUAAAAUUGGAGCUUCGGUAUUUGCGUUUAAAAAUUUAUUGCUCAUAGUAACAAACUUCAUCAAAGUCAAUUUUGAUUGCUGUGUGCACGAAAACGAGCCUGAACAGCCAGCGAUUUCAGCGAAUGGUCUCACUCCAUCGAACACGGAGGAAUCUGGCAGCGUGAUUCAAUCGAUGCAGUCCAGCCGCAUGGACGAUGUUUCAAGCAUUGCUUCAUCUGGAAAACGAGCGAAUAGAGAGGAAAGAGUUCGAUCAAGACUUGUUCAAGACCGAGAAGAUCCUGAAGAAAUAAUAGUUCUUAGCUGAAGCAAAGCCAUUCCUAUCCAUUCAGUUUAAUUUUAUUGUAGUAAUUAUUCGUUUCAAGAGGUCAAAAAUACUUAAUUAACAGAAUUAACAAAAUACAACUUGAUAUACAUGCCAAGGCAUCGAGUUGGCAUGAAUUAGUAAGUUAAAAGAAGCCAGAAUUAAUUGAUGAGUAAAAUUCAGCUAAAGUAGCCAAGGAAACAAAAUUAACUCAUCAGAAACCACGAACAGGUGAGGGGAUAACGGAGAAAUGCAAAUAUGACACGAUUCGACUUGUUAAAUGUUAUCGAAAUGCCCUCUUGUUUGAAACUAGUUGAGCGUAAAGAUAAAUCUAUUCUGUUUAACGUUAUAAAUAACAUCAGAUGAGAUAAGCCUUCAGGGUAUAUGGAUUUUUAUGGCUUAUUUUACGCUAUCGACAACCUACAGAAUUGUUAAAAACAACCACAGUAUCUUAGAAAGCUCUUCUCAAAAGAUGAAACGCGAAAGGGUUUUGACUUUGGAAAAAUUAGCAACACCUUUUCUCCGUUUAUAUUCCUAAAUAUGUAAACAACGUGUUAUAAGUCUUUCUCAGAAGGAUUCCAAAGGUUCAUGUCGCGUGAUUGUUUGUCUGUUUCUUACACAUUCUUCGUUGACAUUUGUUUGCGAUUUGACCCUCCUUGCAAUCAUUACUAAAACAGAUUAGUUUAACGUGGUGGUUAUAUAUUCGCGUUGAUUUUGAUUUCAAGCUUCUUCUAUCGCCAUUACUGUUUCCAGUCUUCAGCACGGAUCUCAGCUAAUUCUUAGUUCAUAAUGAUUUGUACUGUCUGGCAUCACUGCUGAAACUAUUAUAGUAGUUUAUAUUUGCU